UGUCUAGAGAUUAAACAACAAAGACAUCAUCAUCCAUAAUGGCAACCCAAGGGUUUAUAGUAACGCCAGUGAGGAAUUGGAGGAGGACGUGGCUUGCUCUGUUUGGAUGAUGUGGGAUUGCUUUAAGCAGUAAGCUUAGUGUUUUCAGAUAGCAUUAGCAGCAUCACUGAUGUAGCUCUGCCAGCCCCUUUCGCUACUAGAGAACUGUAACUGCACGGGGGGGUGAGAGAAGUAUAUUUGAGAUCUGAUAUUUGGGCAGGGUGGGGGGAGUCCACAUAUCACUUGCUAAUGGAGAGACCUGAUGUUUUCUUUGCUAGCUGGGAAGAUGCCUGAGAGAUAGGAUAGCUGAGUGAUGCAUUGUUAUAAGGCAGGGGAUGCUCUCUGGGAAUAAAAAGGUCAUGCAUCUUGGAAUCGGUGAGCCAUUCCAGUCUCUAAGUCAUCAGAGAAAUGAUGAAGAGGCAGUGGUGGACAGGGGUGGAACACGCUCCAUUCUCAAAACACAUUUCGAAAAGGAAGACUUAGAAGGUCACAGAACUUUGUUUAUUGGAGUUCAUGUGCCUCUGGGAGGAAGGAAAAGCCAUCGACGUCAUAGACACCGUGGACACAAACACAGAAAAAGAGACAGAGAACGAGAUUCAGGAUUAGAAGAUGGCAGGGAGUCUCCUUCAUUUGAUACCCCUUCACAGAGGGUGCAGUUUAUUCUUGGAACAGAAGAUGACGACGAGGAGCACAUUCCACACGACCUGUUCACAGAACUUGAUGAACUUUGCUGGCGUGAAGGAGAGGAUGCUGAGUGGAGGGAGACUGCCAGGUGGUUGAAGUUUGAAGAAGAUGUUGAAGAUGGGGGAGAGAGGUGGAGUAAACCAUACGUUGCCACUUUGUCACUUCAUAGCUUGUUUGAACUGAGAAGUUGUAUCCUCAAUGGCACAGUGUUGCUAGACAUGAGAGCAAACUCUUUAGAAGAAAUUGCAGACAUGGUUCUUGAUCAGCAAGUAGGCUCAGGACAGCUCAGUGAAGAUGUUCGUCACAGAGUACACGAGGCUUUGCUCAAACAGCACCACCACCAGAACCAGAAGAAGCUGAGCAAUAGGAUCCCAAUAGUCAGGUCAUUUGCUGAUAUUGGCAAGAAACAGUCUGAACCUCAUUCCAUGGACAAAAAUGCAGGUCAGAUUGUUUCUCCACAGUCUGCACCAGCCAGCAUUGAAACCAAAAAUGAUGUGAGCAGAGAAAACAGCUCUGUUGACUUUAGCAAGGGACUAGGAGACCAACAAAAAGGGCAUAACAGUAGUCUAUUUGGGAUGAAACAAAGACAUGAAAAAGGACACCUGCAUCAGGAAGAGAGAGAGAGAGAGGUUGAUAUGCAUUUCAUGAAAAAGAUUCCUCCCGGAGCUGAAGCCUCAAACAUUUUGGUUGGGGAGCUUGAAUUCUUGGACCGCGCUGUGGUUGCGUUUGUUAGAUUGUCUCCUGCUGUGCUGCUUUCAGGAUUAGCAGAAGUUCCAAUCCCAUCAAGAUUUUUAUUUAUUCUUCUGGGACCCCUAGGAAAAGGCCAACAGUACCAUGAGAUUGGCAGGUCAAUUGCAACAUUAAUGACAGAUGAGGUGUUCCAUGAUGUUGCAUAUAAAGCUAAAGAUCGUAAUGAUUUGCUUGCUGGGAUUGAUGAGUUCCUUGAUCAAGUGACUGUUCUCCCUCCUGGAGAGUGGGACCCAACUAUUCGUAUAGAGCCCCCCAAAAAUGUUCCAUCUCAGGAGAAACGUAAGAUUCCAGGUGUGCCAAAUGGAACUGCUGCUCACGGAGACCCAGAGCCACUUGGAGGACACUCAGGACCAGAAUUACAACGUACUGGAAAGUUAUUUGGGGGCUUGGUUUUAGAUGUCAAGAGGAAAGCCCCGUUCCUUUUGAGUGACUUCACCGAUGCAUUCAGCUUGCAGUGUCUAGCAUCAUUUCUGUUUCUCUACUGUGCUUGUAUGUCUCCCGUUAUCACAUUUGGCGGUCUGCUAGGAGAAGCAACAGAAGGUCGUAUAAGUGCAAUAGAAUCUUUGUUUGGUGCAUCUAUGACUGGAAUAGCCUAUUCACUCUUUGGGGGGCAGCCUCUUACCAUACUAGGAAGCACAGGACCAGUUUUGGUGUUUGAAAAGAUAUUAUUCAAAUUUUGCAAGGAAUAUGGGCUGUCUUACCUUUCUCUGAGAGCAAGCAUUGGCUUGUGGACUGCAACUCUAUGUAUCAUUCUUGUUGCAACCGAUGCAAGUUCCCUUGUGUGCUACAUUACUCGGUUUACAGAAGAAGCUUUUGCAUCCCUUAUUUGCAUCAUUUUCAUUUAUGAGGCCUUAGAAAAGCUCUAUCAUCUCAGCGAGUUUUAUCCAAUCAACAUGCAUAAUGAUUUGAAUCUAUUGACACAGUACUCAUGCACGUGUGUGGAGCCAGACAACCCCAGCAAUAACACUUUAGAAUAUUGGCAGUCUCAGAACAUGUCCUCAUCCGAUAUACCUUGGGGAAACCUAACUGUGAAAGAAUGUAAUGCGUGGCAAGGGACAUUUGUAGGACAAGCCUGUGGACAUCAUGGUCCUUACGCCCCAGAUGUUCUCUUCUGGUCAGUCAUCUUAUUCUUUUCUACAGUUACAAUGUCAUCCACUCUGAAGCAGUUCAAGACCAGUCGUUAUUUCCCAACCAAGGUUCGGUCUGUAGUGAGUGACUUUGCCGUCUUUCUCACCAUCCUGUCCAUGGUUUUAGUUGACUAUGCCCUUGGGAUUCCAUCACCAAAGCUUCAAGUUCCAAAUGCUUUCAAGCCCACCAGAGACGACCGUGGCUGGUUUAUCACACCUUUGGGUCCCAAUCCUUGGUGGACAGUGCUAGCUGCUGUAAUUCCAGCUCUUCUUUGUACUAUCCUGAUAUUUAUGGAUCAGCAGAUUACAGCUGUUAUUAUAAACCGAAAAGAACAUAAACUAAAGAAGGGCUGUGGCUAUCACCUGGACUUGCUGAUGGUGGCCCUCAUGCUUGGAGUGUGCUCUCUCAUGGGCCUGCCGUGGUUCGUCGCCGCCACUGUCCUCUCCAUUUCUCAUGUGAACAGCUUGAAGCUGGAGUCAGAGUGUUCUGCUCCAGGAGAACAGCCCAAAUUCCUUGGCAUCCGCGAGCAACGGGUCACAGGGCUCAUGAUAUUCAUCCUUAUGGGGUCAUCUGUUUUUUUGACCAGUGUUCUUAAGUUUAUUCCCAUGCCGGUCCUUUAUGGUGUAUUCCUUUAUAUGGGUGCCUCUUCUCUCAAAGGAAUUCAGUUUUUUGACAGAAUCAAGUUAUUCUGGAUGCCUGCCAAACACCAGCCAGACUUCAUCUACCUGAGGCAUGUUCCUCUUCGAAAGGUCCAUCUCUUCACAGUAAUCCAGCUGAGCUCUCUUAUACUGCUGUGGGUUAUCAAAGCGUCAAGAGCGGCCAUUGUGUUUCCUAUGAUGGUCUUGGCACUGGUGUUUGUCAGAAAACUCAUGGACUUAUUUUUCACCAAACGUGAGCUAAGCUGGCUGGAUGAUUUGAUGCCAGAGAGCAAGAAAAAGAAACUCGAAGAUGCUGAAAAAGAGGAGGAACAAAGUAUGUUAGCAAUGGAAGAGGAAGGUACAGUCCAGUUACCACUUGAAGGGCACUAUAGAGAUGACCCAUCUGUAAUAAAUAUUUCUGAUGAAAUGGCAAAAACGGCUGUGUGGAAGACACUGUUGAUAACAUCAGAAAAUACCAAGGAUAAGGAGUCCAGCUUUCCUUCUAAAAGCUCCCCUACCUAAUCUCUCUAGAAGCUGAUUCCCCAAAGCACUGAAAGCCGAAGAGAGAAGAAAGCUGACUCAGGGAAAGGUGUGGACCGUGAGACUUGUCUAUGACUUGCUCCUCAGUUUGUUUGUAUAAACAAAUGUGAGGAGUACCGCCAUCGUAACUGUACCCAACUUGUUCAGUUCAUUGUACAACUUGCUCUUCAUUCCAAAGUAGCACUGGUAAUGUAAGUAGUGCAAUAUGUGCUCUGGUUCACUGUCUGUUCAUCUACUCCGGCCAUGGUCCAUUCAGAAAUCAACUGUAGCCAGUGAAGGAAUCCUUCACUUUCCUUGCUGGCAUUCCAGCUUUUUAAACCCAUGUUGUCCAUUAGACGAGUGAACAAAAUUUCCUUUCAAACCUUUCUCUCUCAGUAGGUUUGGACUGUAUUUUCUUACUUUGCCUGUGCAACUUAAUUUCAUAGCUUUUCCACUUCAGUAAAGAAACAAACUUGAAAUAGCCCCCAAUUCUUUUUAUAGCUUAGCUUUCAGCCAGCUAUUUCAAAAGACCCAAGGUAACAAAGAAAUGUUAGUUUUAGAAAUAUUUUUAAAUGAGGACUGGCUCGAUCCUGCAAUCUCUUAACCAUAAGAAUGAGGUCCCCCUCCCCAGUUUAAAAUCAUGGCUUGUGUGUG